CUUCUGAGCCCUGCCCAGUGCCCUGACUGACUAACCUACACUCAGUAGUUAGACAGCUAACAAACCACACAGGCUCCGAGGAAGACUCCAAGGACACUCAAAGUGUUUUUUCAAAGAUGCCAUAUGUUCUGAUCAGCACAUUACUGCGUCUGGAGACAGGUCCUACCAUGGUCGGUGAUGAAUUCUCAGACCCCGCUAUCAUGAACUACCUGGGAGCCAAAAAGACCAAUGCAUUGGGUAACAACUUUUCUGAGUACCAUGUUGAGGAGCCUCCCCGGGUGGUCAUGGAUAAAAUGGAAAAGAUGGGCUUCUCUGUGAUCAGCAUGACUGGUGUGGGACAAACACUGGUCUGGUGUCUGCACAAGGACAGCCCUAUGUGACGGAAGCUCCAGUCUAAUGUCACUAGAGGGAGCCACAGCAAUUUCCUCGUAGGGACACAAUCACAAAAGCACACCUGUUCUUGUAAGCAUGUUAGACCUUAAUCUUUAUUGUUUACUCCCAGCAUCUAACUCAAGCAAGUCAGCUAAAGUCUAAAUUCAUAUUUGUAAUUGGAUCACGUUUAAUUGUAUAUGUAGUACUGUACUUGUUUCACCUGUAUCCUACAUACAAUAUAGUAGGUAGUGCAUACAUUAUAGUACACUGUGUGAUAUGUCAAUGUAAUGUACACGUAGAUACAGUCCAGUGACCCUCUAUUGGAGAAUCCUCCAGAAAAUACCAAGGUUGAGUGCAGAUCACCGUCCAAACCUUCAUCUUUAACCUUUUUACAGAUGUUUCCCCUACAAGGACAAAUAAACAGUGUGGAUUUCAAUGGAUAAGAACAAUAAAAUAUAAUUAGCACGUCACCGCAUUGAUAAUUUGUUGCUCAAGAAUGUUUGAGAGAUGAGCAUUUGACUUUAAGCUUCAUGUGUAGGAUAUUUCUUAUGGUAUUGUCCCCUUUGUUUGUACCAGGAACUGGUUAUAUUUGGUUUUAGAGUAUGAAAAAGCUGCAUGGCCAACACUUUGUGUUUAGGAUGUGCUGAUCCACUGUGGUAGAGAGAGUACCUUCAAAACAAUUACCUGGUGAAUGUAUUUUGAUUAUAUGACAAAUAAUCAUAAUAAUCAAGUUCAUAAUCAAAAUAAUUGUAACUUAAACUCAACUGUUUCUGUCAUAUGCUAUUAUCCCCACAUGCCAAAAAUGAGAGUGAGGGCUUGGUUGCAUGUGUCUUCCAUAGUGUACAUGAACCAUGAGAUGCAUGUUGUUAUUUACCAUGAGCCAGGCCAUAGCUCCCUCACAAGUGUGUUUCUCCAUGUUUCAAAAUCCCAAGGAUCUAAUGUGUCAUUUUGAAGGUCACAACUAGGAAGCCACUGUGAUAAAGACAGUUUCAACAAAUUCCAGGAGCACAGAGGAUGUUGGAUGGAAGGUUGUUUGGUUACACAUUUCAGCCAAAAAUGUAGUCAGAUGACAGAUAACAACAGAAAAUGUCACGGUAUGAGUGCCAGCCCUCGUUGAU